AUGACUUUCCACUUCCGACGACUAUGCUGCUUCCCAGCUAUUCUCGCGGUGGUUCUCCAACUUCUGCAUGGCGUCGCCGGCCAAUUAGUUGUGAUUGAUGAACCUACUUCUGCUCCUCCACCUCCAUUGGUUGACCUAGACGGUGGUGUUGGCGGCAUUGUCCCGGCCAUGUUUAUCUUUGGUGACUCUCUCAUAGACAAUGGGAAUAACAAUAACAUCCCUUCCUUCGCUAAAGCCAACUAUUUUCCUUAUGGCAUCGAUUUCAAUGGCGGUCCGACCGGUCGGUUCUGCAAUGGCUUAACCAUGGUCGACGGGAUAGCUCAACUAUUGGGUCUGCCAUUGAUUCCGGCGUACUCCGAAGCUACCGGAGAUCAAGUGCUUCGUGGUGUCAACUACGCUUCCGCAGCCGCGGGGAUUCUUCCUGACACCGGAGGAAAUUUUGUGGGGCGGAUACCGUUCGACACGCAGAUUCAUAACUUCGAGACAACGUUGGAUCAGGUGGCUAGCAAGUCCGGUGGUGCAGUGAAUAUUGCAGACUCGGUGGCUCGAAGCUUGUUCUUCAUCGGAAUGGGAAGCAACGACUAUCUCAACAAUUACUUGAUGCCCAAUUUCCCUACCCGUAACCAAUUCAACGCUCAACAAUACGGCGGUCAUUUGGUUCAACAAUACACAAAUCAGCUCACCAGACUAUAUAAUCUUGGAGGUAGGAAAUUUGUAGUGGCCGGACUUGGAAGAAUGGGAUGCAUUCCGAGCAUUCUAGCUCAAGGACCCGACGGUAAAUGCUCGGAGGAAGUGAACCAACUUGUUCUUCCUUUCAACACAAAUGUUAAGACAAUGAUCUCUAAUCUCAACCAGAACCUCCCGGGUGCUAAAUUCAUUUACCUCGAUAUCGCUCAUAUGUAUGAAGAAAUCACCGCCAACGCAGUGAGUUACGGAUUUACUACUUUGGACAAGGGUUGUUGUGGGAUUGGUAAGAACAGAGGACAGAUCACUUGUCUUCCGUUUGAGACGCCUUGUCCUAACAGAGACCAGUACCUGUUUUGGGACGCUUUUCAUCCUACGGAGAAAGUUAAUCUCAUAAUGGCCAAAAAAGCGUUUGCUGGCGACCGCACGGUUGCGUUUCCUAUCAACAUUCACGAACUGGCUAGUCUCAAUUAG